AUGGUAGUUGUUCCUGGUGCUUUCAACACUGGAAGCAAGAAAAGGAUCAGGAAUUGGGAUGCAAGGGUUAAUGUGGCACCUAACGUAGGAUGUUACUUAACGGCCCCAAACAAUUCAAGUUCCUUGCUUGCAAGAAACAAAAUAGACAAAACUAUAUAUGAGUACCAAUCUUCUAUCCACCUCUCGUACAAAGAAAAUCUCUCUUCCAUGGAGUCCAUGAAGCUCUCCCUUCUCCUUCUCUCUCUUUGCCUCACUGCAUGCUCGGCGGUUCCGAAAGAUUUUUCCAUCGUUGGCUACUCAGAAGACGACCUGACGUUGCAAGAGAGACUGAUCGAUCUCUUCGAAACAUGGAUGGCCAAACACAGUAAGUCCUACGCCAACCUCGAAGAGAAACUGCGGAGGUUUGAGAUCUUCAAAGACAAUCUGAAGCACAUCGACGAGACGAACAAGAAGAGGAGCAGCUACUGGCUUGGGCUGAAUGAGUUCGCAGACAUGAGCCAUGAGGAGUUCAGGGGGAAGUAUCUCGGACUGAAGCCUCACUUGCCAGGUGAAAGGGAUGCCACAUCCAAGUCCUCAAAGCCUUUCAUGUGCGAGAAUUCUGUGCCCCUGCCCAAGUCGGUGGAUUGGAGAAAGAAGGGAGCAGUGACCCAAGUGAAGAACCAAGGAGCUUGUGGGAGUUGCUGGGCUUUCUCGACGGUGGCGGCGGUUGAGGGCAUCAACCAGAUAGUGACAGGGAACUUGACGUCGCUGUCUGAGCAGGAACUGAUCGACUGCGACAAUACAUUCAACAGCGGGUGCAAUGGAGGGUUGAUGGACUCCGCCUUUGCGUUCAUCGUUGCUAAUGGACUCCGCAGUGAGGAAGACUACCCUUACCUCAUGGAGGAGGGCACCUGUGAGGAAAAGAGGGUUCAUCAAAGAGUCGUAACCAUCAGCGGCUAUCAGGAUGUGCCGGUGAACAGCGAACAGAGCCUGCUCAAGGCGUUGGCCCACCAGCCUGUUAGUGUUGCCAUAGAGGCCUCUGGCAGGGACUUCCAGUUCUACACAGGGGGUGUUUUUGAUGGAGCUUGUGGGACCGAACUGGAUCACGGACUGACAGCUGUUGGGUAUGGAUCGUCCAAGGGCCAAGAUUACAUCAUUGUGAAGAACUCAUGGGGACCGAAAUGGGGAGAGAAAGGGUACAUUAGGAUGAAGAGGAACAUAGGGAAACCUGAAGGGCUGUGUGGCAUAAACACGAUGGCUUCUUAUCCUACGAAAAAAAAAUGAGAAGCUGGAGUUUAUGCUCAAGGAUGAUUUUCCAUAACCCUAUCAAGAUUAUUACAUCUUAUCUACACUCCACUUGCGCUCAGAUGCAAUCUUCAAAUUUAUUGGAUGGAUUUUAUUGCAUUAGCAGUCCACGAAUUUCGAUGUAAAGCACCUACUGUCAUAUAACACGAAUAGUAAGUUCAAAAAGUAAGAUAUCAUGAAUAAGAAAUGGGCAGCUGCGAUCAUGGGCAGGGAUGGUAUUCCAGAACCCCAUCAAUGUUGUUGCAUUUAUCAAAAUACCCAUUGUACCAGUGAUCGGUCCUAAUUACAGAAUGUAGAAAAAUGGAUUUUACA